GAGCCCGAUUUUCUUUGUCCUUCGCUCGGUCGUCUCUCUUCCGGCUCCCGGUCUUCUAGGGUUUGCGCCGCCCUCGUCCUUCCCGGGCUCCGGCGUUGCCGCCCUUCCCGAGCUCCGGCGCCGCCGCGUCCCUUCUCUCCCACCUCAGCCGCACCCUUCGCCCACCUCCGGCCCACCACCCGCCAUCAUCUUCCCUGCCAAAUCCCGAGAUCCGCCUCUGAGUCUCUCGCCGUCCACUCCGACGUCGCUGGCCGCCCCCAUCCUGCUGCUCUACGGGCCGGAGCUCGCCUCCGUCUCCUCGUUCGAUGCUGCUCACCUCCGUCGCCGGACCUGGUCCUCGUCCCUAAUCAAAUCGCCACUACCCAUCUUCCCGUCGUGGCUGGAGGUGGACCUCGUCCAUGGCUGACACUGCCCGCGUCGUCCCAACCACAAGCCAGCCUCCUCCCUUGCUCCUGGUGCCCCCACCGCUACCAGGUGCAGCGCACAUCGCCGAGGUCCUCAUCCUUCCCGAGCUCUAAGGUUCCGCCGAACCUCUCCAGCUAGGACGGCCUCUGUUCUCCGACGACCGGCUGCCAUCCCAUCCUCCUGUCUCUGCCGCUAGCCUCUCGUCCAUCGGCAGAUCUACGCAGGGGGCGAUCCUCUUUGUCCGCGGCCCACCCACCCUACCCGACGACGGUUCUCCCUCGCCAUGGUAGAGUCUGUGUCCUGCUACUGCAGGGUAGAUGGAGGCCUUAAAUCUGUUGUGAAUGCCAGAAAGCUUGUCUCUGGUGCUAAGCUAUGCAUGCAACCUGAUGUUAAACCGAACAAGCGCAAGUCAAGGAGCUCACGCAAGGAGAGGUGCCGAACUCAGGCGCCACUUCUGCCUGGCCUUCCUGAUGACCUGGCAAUUUCAUGUCUGAUGCGGGUUCCUCGAGUCGAGCACCCUAAUCUUCGUUUGGUCUGUAAACGAUGGAGCCGACUUUUAUCUGGUAAUUAUUAUUACUCAUUGCGCAAGAAAUUUGGCAUGGCAGAAGAAUGGGUUUAUGUAUUCAAAAGAGAUCGUGAUCAGAAGAUGUCUUGGCAUGCUUUUGAUCCAGUGCACCAGCUCUGGAAGUCACUUCCUCCAGUUCCACCUGAGUAUUCAGAAGCUACAGGCUUUGGUUGUGCUGUUCUCAGUGGCUGCUAUUUGUACUUAUUUGGUGGCAAAGAUCCGGUACGAGGAUCUAUGAGGCGUGUUGUGUUUUAUAAUGCUCGGACAAACAAAUGGCACCGGGCUCCAGAUAUGCUACGGAAGCGGCACUGCUUUGGCUCUUGUGUCAUAAACAACUGCCUCUAUGUUGCUGGCGGGGAGUGUGAAGGGAUACACAGAACUCUAAGAUCUGCCGAGGUUUACAAUCCAAACAGGAAUAGAUGGGCUUGUAUUACUGAAAUGAGCACAGGAAUGGUGCCUUUAGUAUCAGUUGUAUAUGAUGGCAAGUGGUUCCUAAAAGGAGUUGAUUCUCAUCAGCAGGUCGUGAGUGAGGUCUAUCUGCCAACAUUCAACAUGUGGUCAAGCACUGGUACUGAAAUGGUCGCGGGCUGGCGGAAUCCAAGCAUUUCCUUUAAUGGUCGACUUUAUUCAGUGGAUUGCCGGGAUGGCUGCAAGCUAAGAGUUUAUGAUGGGGACACGGGAUUGUGGACAAGAGUCAUUGACAGUAGGCGCCAUCUGAGCAGCUCACGGGCUUCUGAAGCUGCAGCUUUGGUCUCAUUGAAUGGAAAGCUCUGCAUUAUCCGCAAUAAUAUGAGCAUCACACUUGUUGAUGUUUCUGACCCAACAACAGUUAUUGAGAUUGACAGUGCCCGCAUGUUCGAGAGUUUUGUCCGGAGGGGCCAGCACAGAUCAUUCAUAGCAAACUUGUGGUCAACAAUUGCAGGUCGUCAGUGGAAGGCCCACAUUAUCCAAGCCCAAGUGCUCCAAGUUUGAGUAUGCUGUCUGUCUAGUGCAAACAUGCUCAAAUGUAUUUAUUUUUGACGGUAAAGAAAAACAGAUUUUGAAAGAACCCAUCAAUGGGAAGUUGGAAUAUGGGUACCAGUAUGACAGUACCCCAGCAUUGCAGCGAAGAGACAUUAUGUUGCCAGAAUGAGCAUCUGUUGGUUCCAUUCCUAUUCCUAUAGUUCUCAGAUAUUGACCAAGUUGCAUGAUGUUUAUGAAAGAGGACACCAAAACCUUGGUUGCCUAUGAAAAUGUGGGAGUCUCUGAGGGGAAGAGGAACCUUCCGUAAUAUGGAUGGUUCAUCCAGAAGUGCUCAAGAUUUUGGUGAGCUGAUGCUAUUGAUGAUAGACAGCAGAAAGCGCACCUUAUCCUGAGGCUCAUGAAUGUGCUAUUCAUUGCUGUUAGCAUAUUAGGCAUGUCAAACUGUAUGUGUUGUAGCAGCAGACUAUACUUGAAAUGUAAGAGGAAUAAUGGUGUGUUUGAUUUGUGCCAAAACCAACCCCACAAAAUUUUGGGCCUUGCCCAUCAGUGCCAAGGAUUGGCAACAAAAAAAACUUCAGAUUUGGCGACAAACCAAAACCCUAAAUCGUAUGUUUAUGUUUUGAAAACCUUUCUGCCUGGUUGUUAUGCCCUUGCAAGUUUUGGCAUUUGAUCUGUAUAGAUGAUUUGAUA